UGUAUUGAAUUAAAAUUAUAUCUAUACACGGUUUUUUUAUAAAAAAUGUUACUGUCUUUAACAAAAAAUAAAAGAUUGAGUAAAAAUGAGUGAAAAAAUAUAAGUUAAUGUGCAAAAGUAAUACACGCUACGGUUAAAAAAUUCAUUGAAUAUGGGCAGAAUAUGGAUGUUGUUUAUACAUGCAUUAUUUCUUUUGUUUGUUAUUUCUGAAAGUUCACGUGUUACAGUUUAUCAAGGAGAUACUCUGCCUCAUCAUGGACGUUGUGAACCAAUAACAAUUUCUUUCUGUCAGCAAAUACGAUACAAUCAAACAAUCUUCCCGAAUUUACUAGACCACACGAAACAAGAAGAUGCGGGCUCUGAAGUAUAUAGUCUAUUUACGCCUUUCUUAAAAAGCAACUGUUCACCUGAUUUGAAAUCCUUUUUAUGUUCAGUGUAUGCUCCCGUAUGUACUAUACUAGAUACUCCGAUACCACCAUGUCGUCAUUUGUGUGAAACAGUUCAAAUGGAUUGCAAUGUAUCCAUGACACGAUAUGGAUUUCUAUGGCCGGAACAUCUCAAUUGUUCUAGAUUUCCUGUAGUUACAGAUGACAAUUUUAUAUGCUUUGGCGACCACAAUGUAACGCAAGUAUCUCGGAAAAAAUCAGAACCAAGGCUUCCUAAAGUGGAAUACAAAUCAAACAUUGAUAGGGAUCCGUCUAAGCUUCGUGGUGCUAAGAAUUAUGGAUUUGUAUGCCCAGUUCAAUUUAAAAUUCCUAAAAAUUUAGAUUUAGAAUACUCUCUCAAAGUAGGAGACAAAGUUGAAUAUGACUGUGGUGCACCAUGUAAUGGUAUGUUUUUUAGUAAGGAUGAGAAAGAUUUUGCCAGAUUGUGGAUCGGCAUAUGGGCGACAUUCUGUGCUACAAGUUGUCUCUUUACUGUGCUCACAUUCUUAAUUGAUACUGAUCGUUUCCGAUACCCAGAAAGACCAAUAAUAUUUUUGUCAGUAUGUUAUCUAAUGGUUGCAGCAGCAUACAUCAUGGGUUGGGGUGCGGGAGAUAGUGUGAGUUGUCAAGGUCCAUUCCCUAUGACUGUGAGUGGUACAAGAUUACCUAACAUCACAGUUAUUACACAAGGCACAAAACAUGAACCAUGCACCAUAUUGUUUAUGAUUGUAUAUUUCUUCAGUAUGGCUUCCAGUAUUUGGUGGGUAAUACUUACUUUGACAUGGUUCUUAGCAGCUGGACUUAAAUGGGGACAUGAGGCUAUUGAAGCAAAUUCCCAGUACUUUCAUUUGGCUGCUUGGGCAGUGCCAGCAGUUAAAACUAUAUCAAUUUUAGCCAUGGGAAAUGUUGAUGGUGAUGUUUUAUCAGGAGUAUGUUAUGUUGGUUUAUGGGAUGCCGAAGCUCUACGAGGUUUUGUGCUGGUGCCACUGUGUGCAUAUUUAGUUCUUGGCACAAUAUUUCUGCUAGCAGGAUUUGUGUCUUUAUUCAGAAUAAGGACUGUAAUGAAGCAUGAUGGGACUAAAACGGACAAAUUGGAAAAGCUAAUGAUUCGUAUUGGUAUUUUCGGAGUACUUUAUACAGUUCCAGCCCUAAUUGUUAUUGCUUGUUUGUUUUAUGAACAGGCACAUUUUGAUUCUUGGAUGCUUACUUGGCAUCGUGAUAUGUGUUCCUCACCACAAUACUCAAUUCCAUGUCCUUUCUCAAGUCAAGAAACAGAUAGACCCAAGUUUGAAAUGUUCAUUAUUAAGUACCUCAUGACUAUGAUUGUUGGCAUUACUUCAAGUUUUUGGAUUUGGUCCAGUAAAACAUUAGUGUCAUGGCACCAAUUUUUUGAUAGAAUAAGAGGAAGACAUGUCGAAGCAUAUGUUUGAUUAAUUUUCUGUACCUUACUAACUGAAUCAUAUCUUUUUACCUGUUUUACAAAUUACUUUUAAGUUAAACAUAUAAGAUAUUUUAGGAAAGGAAUGUAGCAAUUCUUUUUUAAUAAUAAUUAUGUAAUGGUCAAACUAAAGUAAAGAAAUAAUAAAUGAGGUAUUCAUUACACAGCUUUUAGCAAGAGACACAAACAUGGUGUUCACCUCUAUAUUUUGUUGUAUUAUUCUGUUAAUUUACAUACAGAAUCUUAAAAUAAAAAAGAUCUUAGCUCUCUAUUUUCAUGACUGCUAUUUUUGAUGAAAGUAUUUAGUAAUAUGAAGUAUUAUUUUUAAUUAAUAUUUUUAAGCUUAUUAAUUUAAGUAUGGAUAUGUUCAUAACAGGCAACUACAUAGAAUAAGUUGAGAUUAAAUAUAAGGCUGAUGUUUAGUGUAUGUAAAUAUUAUUUUCUAUUAUUUUUACAUGGACUUUUAAACUUAUGAACCAGUGCUAAAUGUACUUACCUCUAAAUAAAGAAAAAUAUUUUUUCAAA